UUAUAAAUUUAUCUAUAAUAAUUAAUAAUAUUUCUAUUAUAUUUAGUUGUCGAGAUAAUUGUUUAUUAAAAAAAAAUUCUUAUUCAAAUAAAUUAAUUUAUUUUUCAUAUGAAAUUCAUUCAAAUAAUGGUCUUGUUUAUUUUGUAACAGAUUAUACAAUAAUUGAAUCAUUAAUUAAACAAUUUCAAAAUUUAUUAAAACUUCGUCUUUAUAUAAUUGGAUGUAUAAAUACAACAAUUGAUGGAUAUCAUUUAGAAAAUAAUUUAUUUAAAUAUUUACCUAAAUUAAAUGAAUUUGAUUUAUUUAUUCAAUCUUAUGGUGGAUAUGAAUUUAAAUCAAUGGAUCAAUUUAGUUCAUUUAAAUGGAAUUUUGCUUGUUAUACAAAUUAUUUAACUGAUAUGC